GUCAAUUCUUUCUUUGCCAACAAUCUAAGGUUUUAAAUAUAAUGAACACAAACGACAGCGUAAUACAUGAAUACUUCGAGCGAAAGGCUACUGAUUGGAAUAUUCGGGGGUUCUUGGACGAAUGCAAGGAGAAACCAUUCAAAUUAAAAAUCGAAGCUUAUUGCUUAUCACUUGAAAACAUCAUUAAACAGGGAAAAUUAAAUCAUAGACACGGUAAAGCCCAGCUCUUGCUGGAUCGGUAUAAAAAGUCUACGAGACGAGCCACAAAGCCAGUGUGGGGCACAGAGCAAACUACGAAAGUUGGCGGGCCUUCGAUCCAUUUCCAUCAACCGACGUUUUCAGCUAAUACCAUUAAUGGAAUUAAUAAUACUGGAGCUUUCGAUAUUCAUCUAUUAAAAGAAUCCAAGAAAAGAAAGAAAGAUCAGGAAGAUGAAGAAGAGGACGAAGGGAUUGACAACCCAGCAAUACUUUAUGAUAGACUGAUAGUGGGAAUUGAAACUGCACGAGAAAAUCAAACGGCCUGUUUGAUGACCCCGCUUUGUUGGGGUGUCGUAGAUCUUAGAGCAGAGAAUGUCUCUCCGUGCCCAAAACAUCCUCGUGCGAAAGAAUUUCUAUCAGAUACGGAAGUUCAAAAUCUCCAACAAACGGCUAUUGAAAUUAUAAAUAAAGAAUCACAUUUGAGCCUAUCUGCUAAAACACUUCUGGAGACGCUUCAAUGUAGCACUUUCAGUCUCAGAAAACUCAGUAAGGAGAAGAGGGCUCGGGGGAUUGAAGAACGAACUGUCGAUAUGCACCUAAUUGGUCCGUUCUCAAAAAUGCCUGUGGAGAAAGUCAUUCAGAUGCCGACAGAGACGAGAAGUCUUUCUAGUCGGAAUCAGGAGCAACUGGAAAGGCGUGGAAAUGGGCACGAGAUUGGCAUUGGAGAGAACACCAGCCCCACUCGUAAGGACCAUCAUAAAAAAAGUUUCACCGAUUUCGUAGAUGUCAUAAAUGUUGCUCGAUCGCAACAUAUUAGUUUCCAAACGAAGUGCAUAGAAAAAAGUGGGCGCAAUCCUCUUCCCUCAAAUAUUGAGAAUGUAUUGAAGUCUGUACCGAUUUCCUUUUUCCAAGUAAUCGGGAUGAAAAUCCGAUUCUACAUUCUAAUACAAAUCAAUGGUGAUUUGUACGGUAUGUGGGAAUGGUCUUCGCAAGACCUACCAAGAAAGGAUGAUGAUAUUAUAACUGCGAUGGCUUUAUGUAAAAAAUUCCUAAUCCAUCGA